CUCCUAGAUCGCCAAACCACGCAACCGUCCGUUCUCGCAAAGGGCAUUGUAAAUAGGCUUUCAUUUGCUGAUCGGAGCGUAGUGAAAUUUUUAUUCAAAAGCUACUGUUCUUCAGUCUAGAUAAAAAGUCUCUGGCAUUUGCUAAUACGGGCACCCGUCACGUUUUCAGUCCGCGACGUUGUAGAAGGUUGUUCUACGCCCUUUUUUGAGAAUGAACAAGCAGAAGCCACCGCCGGAUGCACGCAUCCAGAAGAUGCGUGAACUGGAAGAUCGAUUGGCCUAUUUGCAGCAGGAUCGAAAGGUUGAACAGAACAUGGUAGCUGUUGCAAAUUUCGAGGCACGGACCACUAAGAAAAUAGUCAGCAACAUUGUACAGCAACGGUUUGAUGCGCUCAAGGCGCGACGGGAGGCGGACCUCAACGCACGGCGGCAGCGGCUUGCGGAGAAGUUAGCAGCAGAGGACAUGGCCCUGCGCCAGGAGCUCAUAGCCAGCAAGAAAACGCCGGAGCAGCGGCGCGCGGAGCUUGCGGCACGCGCCAGAGCUCUGGCGGAGCGACGGGAAGCAGAGCGGCAGCAGCUGGCGGCAUCACUGUACGAGAAAGCCUUCAUUCAAAGCUGCGACGUGCUGCGUGGGGAAAACUCCAAACGCAUACUGUACCGCACGCUGGAGGAGCGCAAUGCGCAGAUCGAGCAGCGGAUGGCGGCUCGGAUCAUGGCAGAAGAGGAGAAGCGCAUGUGGCACGAAAUGAGCGAGGUCGAGCGGCUUAAGAUGGAGCAAAGGUACCAAGACGAUAAGAGUCGCGAGCGCGAGCGGCGUGAGGAGACCCUGCGGAUAUUAGACGAGCAGGUGCGGCAGAUCAACGCGCGCCGCCAGGAGCAGGCCCGCCUCCGGCGCGCGGAGAUUGCCGAGCUGAAUGCUAUGUGGCAGCAAAUGGCGGCGGCAGCGGAGGCGGCGGAGGCGGCGGAGCGCGAAAACAUGCGGAAGCUGGCUGAGGAGCUUAUGGAGUUCAACCGCAUCAAACAGAUGAAGAUCUCGGAAGCAGAGCGCGCAGAAAGGGAAAUGGACCUUAAAAUCCUGCAAGAGGCGCUUUAUCGUGAGGCAGCGGAUGAAGCCGCAGAGCUGGCGUACCGUGAGCGACGACGCGAGGAGAUGCGGUUGUACCGCGAGCAGCUGGCGCUCAUGAUGGAGAAGGAGCGCGAGGAGAAUGCGGAGCGUGACGCACUCAUCCUCAAGGCGCAGCUGGAGCAGGAGGCCAAGCGGGAUGCGGAGCUGGCAGCCCGAGAGCUAGCACGGCGGCAGCUCAUGAAACAAGUGGACGACAUUCGGCAGCUGCAAAUCCAGGAAAAGCUGGCGAGAAGGCUGGCCCUGGCCGAGGAGAAAGCGUUCGAACGCGCAAAGAUGCUUGACGACGUUGCGGCGGCCGCCGAGGAUGCUGCUCAGCGUGAAGCUGCUGAGCGCAAGGCCGGCGUGACGCGACGGCUGGACCUGCAGACGCAGAUCGUGGCCAAAGCGCACAUGAAGGCGGCGGAGCAAGACGAGAAGCUGCGGGAGUCUGAGCAGGUGGACCGCGCGGAGCAGGAGUACCUGACUAAGGUCAACCACACGCUAGCAAACACGGACCCACCCGUGUGGCAUGGGCGGCGGAAGUUCGAGUGGAACUAGUAUCAUGCAAUGCAUCUAACUGGUCAUUAGUGCUGAUGUCUCAGCAGGGUAGGGGCGCGCGUACUGGCGGGGUAUGGAGGAUUUCUGCCGACAAGGCAGCUUGUGAGGUUCGGGAGUAUAGGUACUUAGCUAGGAUAGCUGGGACUGUGGACACGGCCAAAUUGCUUGGGCGCUGCAAUGUCGUACUGCCAAUGCAUGACAUGUUACCGGUAUGGGGAGAUGUAGAGCUUAUAGAUUAGGUUUUAACCGUCUGCUAAUAUGCAGGCCAUGGUCAUGAGAACAUGACUACUCCGACCACUGCGUUGGUCUCUGUACUUCUGUAUCGUGCUUUCGAACCAGCGAUCCGCAUCACGAACUUGCCAUCACCCAUCAAAAUCGUUCGU